AUGCUAAGCCCAUUUACUAGGCAAGAGGUGGAAAAUCUCCCGGCUCUUCCAAACAAGCUGUCUUCAGAAGAUAGUGGGCAGUAUGUUGUCAAGUGCGAACAGUUUCAAGAACCUAUCACUCCUUCCGUCCUUCGCCGUAUUCAAUUCCUCCAACUAUUUGCCGAAUCUGGAGACCAGGGAUUCGUCGGUGACAGAGACGCGGGAACCUGGACAUGGUUUGAACUAGCUAUUCUUGAGAAUGAAGAGAAGGAUGAACCAAUGAUCAAGAACAACAUCCAGUAUGUUUGGAAGAGUCACCUCAAUCCAAUGAAGACGCCGAACUUUAAAUCGAAUCAUGGUAUGGUCUUCGACCAAACACAUAAUUCACUGCGUUCACUUGAGGUGGGAAAUGUCAUUGCCAUUCGAAUUUGUGCUCGCUUCAAAAUGUGGGCAAUUAGAGCUCUAAAGGGAUACUUGGCUGUGCAAAUUAGCAAAGAGCCAGCCAUAUACGAGCCCGCCAGAUUUGAGCGAUUCAAGUACCUCCAAAAUGCACUCCAAGAGCUGAACGAGAAGAAUGACACUGAUUAUGAUCUUGAAACCCCUCCCAUGCGUGCCGAUGGCUUCGAUGCUGCUAACGAGAAACCGCUACGUGUCUUAUGUCUUGAUGGAGGAGGUGUGCGUGGAUUAUCGUCGCUCCAUAUCUUGCGCAACGUGAUGCAGCAGCUCGGGACCAAAGGAAAGCCAGCAAAACCCUGUGAGGUAUUUGAUAUGAUUGCUGGCACUAGCACUGGGGGGCAAGUACAUCUAAGUCGACUGAGGAUGUCAGUUGACGAGUGCAUUCAUGAAUAUGAGAAAUUCAUGAACCAAGUAUUUACAAACACUUGGAUGGAAGCAGCUGAGAAUUGGGUGAAUGUGACCAAGUAUAAUACUUCCAAACUAGAAGGCGUUCUCCGGGGUGUUAUCAAAGAACGUACCAAGAAUGAGCAUGAGCCUCUAUUAGACGAGGGCAACGAGUGUAAAGUCUUCGUGCUCUCCAUUGAUGAGACGGCAGUUAACAAUAAAAGCCCCGUAUUCCUCCGCUCCUACACCAACACUCAACAGCCAUCUCUGUUGCCAAAUAUCAAAAUAUGGGAAGCUGGUCGGGCAACAUCUGCCGCGCCAACGUACUUUCGCCCUAUGCUGGUUGGAGGCCAAACGCUGAUCGAUGGUGGCCUUGGCGCAAACAAUCCUGUGGGAUGGCUAUGGAAUGAAGUACUAAGCGUUUAUGGCGCUGGUCGACCCAUCUCUUGUUUUCUCAGUAUUGGAACAGGCAUCCCUAAAAAUAGGGCCUUGGGUGGUAUCUUUAACAUGCCAGUUUCUUUGGCUGCGAAUGCAACCAACUCUGAGAUUAUGCACAUUCUCUUCCGGACCCUGCUUGAUGCAUAUGCACCGAAAAUUAUGCGCGCCAAAUAUUGGCGGCUCAAUGUCGGUCAUGAAAUACCUGGCUGGCCGGCGGAUCCCAAAGCGGCUAAAAAGAACGGUCUGCCAGAGCUAGAUGACAUUAAUGGUAUACAUGGAUUUGUGGAGAAAACUGAACAAUAUAUCACGCAGCAGGCAGACCUGAUUCGCAGAUGUGUGGAGACAAUGCAAGAGAGUCGAUGA